AUGGGGGCGGAAGUCGACGCACUGUACGAGAUCGGCCGCCACGCGACUGGAUCCCACGAAAUCCCCUGUGAAAGAGAUGAAACCGCUCGAGCGAGCGGUGGCAGUUCAGGUGAAGGAGGGGGCGUCCUCUCGUAUCUCUCCUUCCAAGGCGUAAGUAAGCUCAGGGAGAGGUGGAGUAGGUACAACACUCUUGGGGGGAGUAAGCGGAGGAAGAGGGAAAAUGCAGCAUCCUUGUUCGUCUCGCGGAAUGCGGAGUAUGUUGCUGUAGCUGUUGGGAACCGCAUUUAUAUCUUGAGAAAGAGCGAUGGCUAUGAAUCACCCUGCGGCAUAUAUACAAAUAAUAAUAGAAUGGCCUUUUUUACAAACGGGGCCUGGCUGGAGGACCAAGGCAUUUUUGGUGUGCUUGAUGAUUCAAACUCACUGUGUCUCAUAAAAGAAAAUGGAGAUGUAUUAACUAGGAGAACAAGCAAUCAGUUGAAGCUGUCUUCUCCUAUCAUUGAUUUGCUUGUACAGGACGCUUCAAGUUCACAAAGGGGUUUCUACAUUUUUACUACUGAUUGCAAGGUCCAUAAAUUUGAUUACACUCGAGAACUAGAGGCAACUUUAUACCAAGUUUCUAUAGUGACUAAAGAUGUGCCAUCAACUAGAUCUCCUCAGUUACCUCAGAGUUUGUCGUGUGUUGAUUAUCAUCAAGAUCAUUCAUUGGUGGUCCUAGUUGGAGAUUCCACUCACUCGUCAAGCUCCAAUGGCUGUUCUGGAGCAUAUUUUCUAUAUGUAUUGCACUUCGAUGAAUAUCUGGAACUUGGUCUUUCAUUCCAAAGUGCGCUGUUGGAAGGAAUGUUUUCACCUCCUAUGGAUAGAAAAACUUUGGUCCCGCUUCCAAAAGUCAGAAUCUCACCUCAGGGCAAGCGUAUUGCUACAUUGGAUUUGAAUGGUUCUGUCGACAUCUUUGUGCUCAAUGGUAAUAUGCGCUCUGUUUCGCUUCAUCCUCACGGGAGUGGCGCUGGAACACACUUGAUUGGUGUGAAGGACAUCAGUUGGUGGACAGAUAAUAUUCUCAUGAUAGUAAAGGAAGAUGGUAGGAUUAGCAUGUACAGCAUUGCUGAGGACAUGGUAGUUUCAAAAGGUGACCUUGUUUUAUCUACACCACUGUUGGAAAAGGCAAAGGCUAUCGAAGGAUAUGCAUUUGUUUUGCAAUCUAGCAGACAAAUGGAUAGUGUUCCUGGGGAUCAUCAACACACUGAGAUGGAUAAAAUAUUUUGGAGUCUAGUAUCAUUCUCCAAAGUUACAGUACUGGAGAUGUACUCCGUUCUCAUCAGGAAGAAUCAACAAAAGGAGGCUUUGGAUUUUGCCUCCCAGUAUAAUCUAGAUAAGGAUGAUGUGCUUAAAGCAUGCUGGUUGCAUUCUGCUGGAGAUAUUCAUGAUAUACAGUCAUACUUGGUGAAAAUCAAAGACCAAGCAUUUGUAUUGUCAGAAUGUGUGAAUAAAGUUGGACCUACAGAAGCAGCUUUGAAAGCCCUAUUUUCUUUUGGCUUUCGCAUGACAGGCCGUUACAAGUUUUCGGAGCCGGAUAAUAGCGGUGAUGGCUCAGCAUGGGACAGUCGUAUCAUCAGGCUUCGUUUAUUGUGGUACAACGACUUGCUGGAGACAUUCUUGGGAAUUAAUAUGGGAAGGUUCUCAGCUGGCGAAUAUAGCAAGUUCCGUUUGACGCCCCUUGUUGAUACUGCUAUUGCUCUAGCUGAAAGUGGCAAAAUCGGAGCUCUUAAUCUUCUCAUGAAGCGCCAUCCGUAUACUAUCUCUUCUGACAUUUUACGUGUUCUGUCUGCAAUUCCAGAAACUAUUGCUGUGCAGACUUAUAGUCAGUUGCUUCCUGGGAAAUAUCCUCCUAGUGUUGUGAUAUUAAGAGAUGGUGAUUGGGUUGAAUGCAAACAAAUGGCAGCAUAUAUAAACACUUCUCCUGGUCAAUUGGACAAGAGGGGAGUGGUCAAAACAGAAAUACUUUUGAAGCACUCAACUGGUUUCUUAUGGCCAUCUGCCGCUGAACUUUCGGAGUGGUACAGGAGCAGAGCUAGGGACAUUGACUGCCUAAGUGGACAGCUGGAAAAUUGUCUUGCCAUGAUAGAGCUUGCAUGUCAAAAGGGGAUAGUGGAGCUGCAGCCAUUCUUUGAUGAUAUGAAAUACCUCUACCAAGUUGUAUAUUCUGAUGAGUCGAAUGAGUUCAUAAUGAACCUUGCAACCUGGGAAGAUUUACCUGACUAUCAAAAGUUUAAAAUCAUUCUGAAAGGAGCCAAAGAUGAUACUGUUCUUCAGCGACUAGACGAUAUGGCUAUCCCUUUUAUGAAUAAGAGAUUGCACUUGAUCUCGUCAAGUAAUGCUGACAAACAAGAAGAAUCCUACCUGACUAGAUGGAUGAAAGAGGUUGCUACUGCAAAUGAGCUGUCCAUUUGCUUGUCUGUUAUUGAAAACGGCUGUGGGGAGUCACCAAUUUGUGGGCUCUUCAAGGAUCUUAAUGAGAUGGUAGAAACUGCUAUUUGCUGCAUUUAUGUAUGCUCUGCAACUAACCAGUGGAAUACCAUGUCAUCAAUUUUGUCGAAGUUACUCCAUAAGACAAAGAGAGAGAAAUCUUUAUUGGCUAGUGAAGAAGAUUUCAGUUUGAAAGAUGCUAAGCAAGCUCUUGGCACUUGUGUGGUUUCCUGUGAUGAUAUGCAGCAUGUGUGUGCUGAUAUCUUGUCUCGUCUGAGUGAUAAUUCAGGGGAUUCUUAUUGCAAUGAUUCAACGGCCUACCAAUUUGAUAACAUAAAAUCCCUUGAUAUGCGAGAGAAGAUGCUAAAAGUUGCUGAAGGUCACGUAGAAGUAGGGAGGCUCUUUGCUUAUUACCAGGUACCAAAGCCAACACAUUUCUUCCUUGCUGCACACUUAGACGAGAAGAAUGUAAAACAACUUAUACGGCUGAUCCUGUCAAAAUUUGGUAGACGUCAACCUGUUCGGUCGGACAAUGAGUGGGCUAACAUGUGGCGUGAUUUGAAGCUCUUCCAAGAGAAGGCAUUUCCUUUUCUUGAUUCAGAAUAUAUGCUUGCUGAAUUCAUUAGAGGGCUUCUAAAAGCCGGUAAAUUCUCACUAGCCAGGAACUAUCUUGGAGGUACUAGUGCAGUUUCUUUGUCCACAGAAAAAGCUGAAAAUCUUGUUAUCCAAGCUGCAAGGGAGUAUUUCUUCUCAGCUUCAACUUUGUCCUGCAACGAAAUUUGGAAGGCUAGGGAAUGCCUAAAUCUGUUACCAAAUAGCAAAAAUGUUCAAGUGGAAACUGAUAUAAUUGAUGCUCUAACUGUCAGACUUCCUUAUCUAGGGGUGACUAUCCUCCCUGUUCAGUUCAGACAGGUAAAGGAUCCUAUGGAGAUCAUCCGUAUGGUGAUUACGAGUCAAACAGGGGCAUAUCUUCAUUUUGAAGAGAUUAUUGAUGUUGCUAAACUACUAGGAUUAAGAAGUGAAGAAGAAAUAGCUGCUGUUGAGGAGGCUAUUGCUAGAGAAGCAGUAGUAAAUGGUGACCUCCAGCUAGCCUUUGAUCUCUGUCUAAAUUUGACUAAAAAGGGUCAUGGUGAAGUCUGGGAUUUAUGUGCUGCAAUUGCAAGAGGUCCUCAGCUUGACAAUUUGGAUACAAGUACCCGCGAAAAGCUAUUGGGCUUCUCCCUCAGCCAUUGUGAUGAAGAAUCUGUAGGGGAACUAUUGAAUGCUUGGAAGGAACUUGAUGUCCAUGAUAAAUUUGAACAAUUAAUGGUAUCAACAGGAACAAACCCUCCCAAUUUCUUUGUUGAUGGCUCUACAUAUACACCUCUUCCUGUGCAAAGUGUGCAAGACAUACUUGACCUGAGAGAAGGCGUUAGCCAUGAUAGAGAGCAUGAUCAUGUGGCAAUUGCUAAAGAAAUGCUAUCAAAGGUUUGCAUGGACUUCACAAAUGAUGAUGCAUAUAGUCGGGAAUCUACUUUUGCAGAAAAUAGGAAACUAUUGUCCUUCUCUGCACUAGAAUUGCCAUGGCUUUUGAAGUUGUCUAAUGAUGAGGUGCAUGAUGGUAACAAACAUUCUUCGGAGACAAAUCAUCCCAUCAGGAGAUAUCGAUUUUCAACAAAAACGGAGGCAAUAAAUAGCAUCAUAUAUUGGUUAGGUGUAAAUAGCUUUGCUCCCAGUGAUGAUCUAAUCAUGGUUCUUGCAAAGUCUGUAAUGGAGCCUCCCGUUGAUGAAGAGGACUAUGUUCUUUCCUGUUCAAUUCUUCUGAAUCUCAUGGACCCUUUCAACGGAGUGAAAAUAAUAGAGGAAGAGCUCAAAAAACGAGAAUGUUAUCAAGAGAUUAGUAGCAUAAUGAAUGUAGGAAUGACAUAUAGCUACCUCAACAGUUUGAAGAAAGAAUGUUCUACUCCUGAACAGAGGAGAAAUCUCUUGCUUCAAAAAUUCCAUGAGAAGUUUACGUCGAUAGAUUCAGAUGAUUUAGACCAGAUUGAUAUGGCACAUGCCACUUACUGGGGAGAGUGGAAAUCAAAAUUAGAAGAGGAGAAACGAAUGGCUGAUCAAGCAAGAAUGCUGAAAAAUGUACUGCCUGAUAUUGACACGUCUCGAUUCUUAUCUGGCGAUGCUAACUAUAUCAAAAAUGUUGUUUUCUCCUUUGUUGACUCCGUAAAGCUGGAGAGAAAACAUAUACUAAAGGAAGCAGUAAAAAUAGCUGAGAACUAUGGCUUGCAGCGAACAGAGGUGCUUUUACGAUUUCUGGGCUGUGCUCUUGUCUCUGAAUAUUGGGAUAACGAUGAUAUUCUGAAUGAAAUUGCUGAAUUCCGGGAGGAUAUUGUCAAAUCAGCAAAGGGGGUGAUUGAUAUGAUAUAUUCAGAUGUCUACCCAGAGAUCGAUGGGUAUAAUAAGCAACGCCUCUCCUACAUCUUUGGCAUCCUUUCAGCAUGUCAUUCUUAUCUUAAGAGGACAAGUAAGAUAGAAUUGACAUACCAAGAACAUGUUCAUACACAUAAGCUUGAGCCAUUUCAGUAUUACAAGGUCCUCGAGGAAGAGUGCAAGAAAGUCUGUUUCAUUGAUGGCUUAAACUACAAAAACAUUGCUGGCCUGGAUAAUCUUAACUUUGACCACUUCAAUGAAGAAGUAUGCAAGAAUAUCCAUGCCUCAACCGUCAGUGCUCUAGCUGAUAUGGUCCAAGCUCUUGUGAGUAUGUAUGUUGAUUUACAGGCUAAGGGUCUUGUAUCACGCCAAGGUGUUUACAAGCAUUAUGUUCUUGGCAUGUUGGCAUCUUUAGAAGGCCGCAAUGAAGCACGAUCAAACAGCACAGAUUGUGAAAAGUUACUAGCAGUUCUUUGUGAAAUUGAGUUGAACUAUGAUAGUUGCAAGGAGUAUAUCCAAACUCUUCCUGCCACAGAUAUUUCAUACGUCAUUGGAAGGUAUUACACACUAUGUUUCCCUUGCAACUUAGCAAGAAGCCAGCCACAGGACCCUUCAUGGAAGGAACCUCUCUGUAUGCUGAUAACGCUUUGGAUUAAACUUGUUGACGACAUACCAAGGCAGCCAACUGAUGCUGGCUCAUAUGAAAGGACAGGCUACUUGGAUUCGAACCGGUUAACUCACUGCAUGAGUGCUUUCAGACAGCUGUUAAUAAAGAAUGAGAUAACAGUGCACCAAGGUUGGGAUGCCAUCUCUAUGUUUGUACAAGUUGGCUUUAACAGUGAAAUGAUAAUGGACACAUCACACUUUUGCCGAGCUAUGAUUCUUUCUGGAUGUGGUUUCAAAACUGUAGUUGAAGUGUACCAUGGAGGACAGGAAAAUUUGGAAAGUGUAAAUGCAGACUCGAGGAAUCCUUUGGAUCUCUUAGAGCUUUAUGGUGCUUGUACAGAUGGCUGUUUGUCCGAUCUGAUCGAAGGCUCUUGUGAGUCUCAGGCAUUGCUUCAUAAGCUACUUUCUUCAUUGAGCCAGUCAGUAGGGGAGCAUGCUGACUCUCUUGAAAUGAUCCGAUCUGGUGUCUGGGGAAAGUUGAUAGCCUUUUCUGAGAACAUGCAGCUAGGUAGCCAACUACGUGUCUAUGCCCUGCAGCUGAUGCAGUGUAUUACGGGAAGAAACCUGAAAAGCCUUCCAAAUGAGAUUGUUUCCCAGGUUGAGCCAUGGGAAUCAUGGUAUGAGCCUGGAACAAGUGAUUCCUUAGCUGAUGAGGGCAGUACUCCCUCUUGCAGCAUCACAGCGAGUCUAGUGGCACUCAGAUCUAAUCAGAUGGUGACUGCAGUUGUGCCAGAUGCUAGUAUCACGCCCGAAAACUUGUCGAGUCUUGACUCUGCAGUAUCUUGCUUCUUACAUUUGUCGGGACGUGCUUCUUCUGUUGAGAGUGUUGCUGUUCUGGAAGCGGUGCUAGAAGAGUGGGAGCAACUCUUCUCUUCAUCUUCACCAAAAGAAGAAUAUGUUGAGCCUCAGGAUUCGCCAAAAGAAGCAAGCGAGUGGAGUGAUGGAUGGGAUGAUGGCUGGGAGGCCCUACCGGAAGAGUUGGAGCAAAAGCAAGAUGGUGCGUCGUCGUUAUCUGUCCAUCCUCUCCACAGUUGUUGGAUGGAAAUCAUGAGAAAACUUGCUGGGCUUGGUGAGCUCCAGAAGAUCAUUGAGCUUCUAGAUCGAGCAUCCUCAAAGCAUAGCAGCAGGUUGCUAGAGGACGAAGAAGCACACGGCUUGCUUGAACUCCUUUCCGCAGCACCGAACUGCUUCAUGGCUCUCAAAAUCAUGCUGCUGCUCCCAUACGAAGCUCCACAGCUGCAGUGCCUGCAGAGGGUCGAGGCGAAAAUCAGGGAAGGCACCGCGUCCACCACCUCAUCCAAGGCCGACGACCACGAGCUGCUGGCGUUGGUCCUCUCAUCCGGAGCCCUGCAGAAGAUGGCUGGAGAAGAGGGGUACUCGAGACUCUUCUUCUCUCACACAUGCCACCUCGUCGGACAUCUCGCGAGGUCGUUCCAGGGCGAUCUCUGGGAAGCCGAAUCUAAGAUGAUGAAUCAGAACAAGUCUUUGCUGUUUGGUAAGGUGCUGCUCCCGUGCUUCAUAUCUGAGCUGGUGCUCAAAGGGCAGUAUCUGUUGGCCGGGUUCAUGGUCUCGAGAUGGAUGCACACACCGGCAUCCCUUGGUCUGAUAGAUGUCGUCGAGCCCGGUUUGCGGCGCUACCUGGAAGGUCAGGUCGCUCAGGCUCAGCAGCAGGUGGGAGAGAGCGACGCUUGUUUCGCUGAAGACGAGCUGUCUAUUAGCCGCACAAUGUCCAGUCUAAGGUUGAAACUGGUUUCUCUUUUGCAAGCGGCGUUGGUAGCCCUUCCGAGCCAAGAGCCUUAG